AUGCUCCUCCUUCUUCCAGUCGAGCUCCUCGAGCUAAUCUUAGACCAUGCAAUAUACGAGCCACCAAAAAUAAGCGACAGGCAGCUUCCCGCAUCUACCAUCUCCACAACGCUUAUCUCCCUAGUCUUGACCUGCCGGACCAUUUACAGACUUCUCCUUCCAAAGCUCUACCCAACCCUCGCGGUUCGCACCAUUCCCACCCCCAUCUGUAUCUUCAACCCCUCCCUUGUGCAGUACAGCACCACACUUGUUGUCCUCCCCAGCAAUCAGCGACGUCGAUCAUCGGCCCAAAAACGCAAAGCGAUUACCGCCCUCGGAACAGCGCUAGAAAGGUUCAACAACAUCCAGACUCUGAUCCUGUUCACAAGGUCCUCGAGCACUCUCUUCAAAGUAGCCAAUGGCUACCACCUGACAUCUUUGACCUGCGAAGGUCGUACACUGAAUUACUACGUACCUAAUCAGUGGCGCUUGCGCUCACUAAGCGUUCAAGACUGCCUGCCCGGGCCAGCACUGACCGCCGUGCUAUCCGCCAAUUCCGCCACGCUAGAGUAUCUUGCGCUGGGACAGUUUGGGACGAAGGAGCAUAAGCCGUUUCCACUGAUGCCUAAGGUCAGAAGCCUCAACCUCGUCGGUUGGGAUUCCGAAAUGAUCAUGCGGAUAAGUGCGGGCAUCCGUUUUGACCAUCUUAAUACUCUCCAGCUGGUAGACGGUGAGGGCCAUCCUAGUUUCAACCAGAAUGCUUACACCCCACUGAAAGAGGCAGGUGGGCUGGCCGGACUGCGGAAGCUGAGUAUACAACGGGAUAUCUACGAGGCCUGUGCUAUACUGGAGCUGACGGACGGGUUGGAGGAACUACAUCUAGUCUGGUCACAGGGUGGACAACCGCAUCACAGGCAACAGUUGGCGCGAAUCAUCGCAGCUAAGUGUCGGGGGCUAAAGGCGCUAUCCUCUACUAGCCCAGAUGUUUUCACGGUCCAGCUGUUAGGGAUGGGAUUACCAUUUGAAGCGGCGGACCUGGCGAUGAUAGCAACGAGUUGUGAGGGGUUGGAGGACGUCCGGAUUGGGGUUAGGCAUGAUCAUUUUCACUCCACCAUUACGGCACUCGGUUUAUUCACCAACCUCCGCCACCUGCAUAUAGACCUAUGGGCCUUCGGGUGUGGUCCGUACCAGCUGAGUCCACUAGAUCGCAUGAGGCAAGACGGGAACAUAAGCAGGGAGCACCGGCAGGCGGCAGUGGAGUGGGCAUUAGAGACGGUAAAGGAGGGCUUGCAAACCGUAGACGGAAUAUCCGUCACGAGCCACAUUAUGAACCACGAAGUUAGCAGAGAGUGGAUUAAGCCGGGGGCGCCGGUGAGGGAUGUCUGUACGGGGGAGUUGAGGAGAAGAUUGAAGUUUCCGAUCUUAGGUCGUGGUGUUUGGAACGAUGCGUUUAAGCCAGUUGGAUUUGGUACGACGACGUGGUGGUCCGGCGUCAUGCUUUGA